UGGCAGUCACCAUCAUGCACCGCAUCAGUCCAUCCGAGAAGCUGUUCAUCACACAUGGAAUCGCACAGGACGUUCGCGCGGACGGCCGGAGUCGACUGAGUCGGCGUGUCCUUCGCGUAGAAAGCGGUCUCCUCAGCCAAAGUCACGGGUCCAGUCGAGUAUCGCUGAAGGUGGGCAGCACCGACGUUUUGGCCAGCGUCAAGGUGGAAGUUGCGCACGGGAAUCACGAGAACGGAUGGGUCGAACUGUCUGUGCAGUGCGCUCCGUCUGUGUCUGAGAAGGUGGAAGGCCGAGCUCAAGAAGAGAUGAAUGUCGAGUUGACCGAGCGCAUGAAACGCCUGGUCGUGGUUCCGUUGGCCAAGGACGACCUCGUGAUCGUUCCCAACAAGAGCGUGUGGGUGGUCUACGUCGACGUGAUGGUAUUCGACUCGUCUGGGAACCUUCCCGACGUCAUCUCCAUGGCCAUCUACGCGGCGCUGCGGGAUACGUUACUUCCGUCCAUUAAACUGAGCGGCGACAAGGACGACGAAGAACAUGUGAUCCAGGUCGACAGCGACCCUGCGAGCGGCCGGCGCUUGACGCUAGACGACUGGCCUGUGAGCCUCACAUUGAGCAAGGUGGACAAGUGGUUCGUCAUGGACGCCACCCUCGAAGAAGAGGUAUGCAUGUCGGCGCAGAUCAGCGUGGCCAUCGACCGCCACGGCCACGUAUGCGGGAUGCAGAAGAACGGCGUGGGGGCGCUCGACCUAAAGGAGAUGCAAGCCAUGGUGGAUGUCGCGAGCAAGUCGUCGCCUGACGUGUUCAACGCGAUGGCCGGCGUGUUUGCACAGCAAGAUGCAUUGGACGUGACAAGGGGCCACGUGGCAGAACGCUGUGGCUUCCUCGCUUAACAACUCAUCUAACGCUCGUGUUCCUACAUC